ACAAGCAGCAACACAGAUCUUUCCUCUAAGCAACUUUUUCGACAUCAGUCUUCUCACUUUGAAUCAGGACAUUUGUCUGGUCAGAAAAAAGGCCGCACAAUAUGCAGGACAGACCGGAGUGUCUGCCCUACUGUUUGUGCUUCAUGAAGAAGUCUGCCUUCUGUCUGGACAGGGUGACAUUCAACGAAAAAAAGGAACUUCUGAGACUGUUCUUGAAACUGCAGGAGCAGGGCUCAGUUAAUUCCUACCUGACAGUAGAGGAUGUCAUUGAAUGGUUUUACUGCCAUGAGAGGAAGAUGUUCACGGAUUGGUUACCUGAAUUAAAGGAAUCAAGUGAUGACAAAACCUGGCUGACCUGGCAGGUGAAUGCUCAUCUCAGGAUGCAGGACAUUGAACAGGAGGUCAGGAGAGAGCUGUUAGUCAGACAUCUGGUGAGCGUCUCUCGUGAGGGUGAUGAGCUGCAGGACUGUGACCAACGUAUCCACUCAGCUCCUUCUGAUCUAGGGUGGGUUGUUGACAUUCAGAAGACCCCAGAUGACCUCAAGAUGCCCCUUCUGAAGAGGAUCCUGCGUGACCUUGAGGUGGAGAUAAAAUACUACCAGUGCUCCCGUCUGCACACCCGGUCGGAGGUAGUGGCAGACGUUGUCACCCGACUGUUCUUCAUGGUGAAGACCGACCCCAGCGGCACUCCUUGCAAUGGGUCCUCCAUGAAACUUACGGAACUGGCUAUGGAUGUUGUCCAUGCAGUGCUCGGGAACUUAUCCUCACGUUUACCAAUCUCAAGCCUACAAGCACAGUACUCCCAUCCGGCUGCUGCUAGGAUGACCCAAUCUAUUCAUCACAAGCUUGUAGAAGGCCACGACACUCGCGGAUGA